CUGUUAAAAUCAAUAAUAAAUAUAGUAGAAAAUUAUUUAAUUUUCCGUUCAUUCAAUAUACCUCUAUUCUUUAUAUUCACCUUUGUGUAUUUACGAAAAUAAUUUCAUAGAAGACAUUGAAAGAUAUCAAAACAGAAAUACACCGACCUGAAACCCUGUGAAAUGCAUUCACCAUAUAAAAAGGAGGUGAACUCUAACGGUAAUCAUCAGUACAUCCCCCACCACGUGAUAGUGUCCACCAUGGCUGUAAUCAGAUUUCACUGUCAUCUCUGCGGGAAGAAGCUAUCUGAGAACCACCUUUGUUUACCGUGUUCAGGGUGUAAUCAACACAUUCCCUCUACAAGACUUCAUCACCACCGACGACUUUGCAUUCGAGCAGGCACAGGAAAGGCAUCAAAAGGUGUAAAGAUCCCCACUCGCCAACCGUCUUCAGACCAACCAGGGAACGUGAACCCGCAUCGUCCACUCUCGCCUCAACCAGGUCCGUCUAGAAUAGUCUCACCUCAACCCGGCCCGUCAAGGGUUAUUACACCAGAACCACCGCGUGUUUACGUGAAUGGAAAAAACGGUGAUAGUGACAGUGAAGUGCAUAGUGAAAGAGAAGAUGAUGUUGAUUUCGCAGAGGCGCCGCACAUUAUAUCUAGGAGAGAAAUAUUUCAAGGGGGCAUCCGUAACGGUGGACUUUAAUAUUCCCGGCCAAGACCAGCCGUCACCGGUUGAUUACUUACGCAGAAAUCAAGAAUAUUUCAAGACAUCUUGCAAAUUCACCGCUCUACACUCGGUUGUCCUCCCCCAACCACAAAAGCUUAUACCGGAUUCACCAUCACCCUCUCCAAGACAGAUCUCACAUCCGGCAGUGUGACACAUAUUGAAAAAAAUAUCACACUAUGCAGCUAUGCAAUUUCAAGUGAAGACGAUUGCAGAAGAGUUGUAUGCGGGUGGGCCGAGGAGGCAGAAGCUAAACUCGAAGAGUGGCUGUCAGACGAGGGAAGCGCACUUGACCUGGAAACUAUUAAUGCUCACAGCAUAACAAUAUCACAACUUCUACUUCCCCAAGCUAUUGGACGAUAUGUGGCUUACCCUGCAGAUGCUCGAGGAGGUAAGAAUAUCUACAACCCCAAGGGAAACACCGACUGCGUUAUACGAUCCCUCGCAGCUGGAAAAUUACUAGCUGCAGGUAAAUCAAGACAAUCUCUAACCAGAGCGGUUAAUACCCCCGCCAAAUGUGCUCGACACAUUCGAUACGAUGUGUCCAAGCUUCCCACCAGUUGGGAAACUCUCAGAGAAUUGGAAAGAGACAAUAACCUCUCUAUCUAUGUAUAUACUCUCCGAAAAACAUCCAUAUUCAGCGGAAAUAAAUACGCGAUAGGACAGGUGAGAAAAGGAAGAGAAGACAACAAGAAGCGUUUGCGUCUUCACCUGCUUCUUCUGAAAGAUGAACACGCCUGUCUGAUUACAGACUUUAAUAGAUUUAUAGAUGCAUUCGCACAACGGGGGACGAGCACACGCAAACACUUUUGCCGCACGUGUCUCACCGCAUUUCCCGAUCAGAAAUUAGCUGAAACCCACGUGAGAGGGUGUGAGUUACCGAUACAGAUUAAUUACCCACCUCAGGGAGCGAAACUCGCCUUCAAAAAUUACGGGAAAACAUUUGGACCGUCACACAUCUGCAUCUAUGACUUUGAAGCCUUCAUGGAC